AUGUUUAUUCUUGGAACUGAUGAACCGUUACUGACUUCCCUUAAGAUGAGAAACUAUCUUGUUAUUUUAGCUGAGACAAGACUGAUUUUCUAUCACUUUGUCAUUCUCUCUCUUUUUAUCUAUCUAUCAUUCUUCAAUUACUCUCAGUCUUUUUCUUUUUAUAGAUUUUUCUUUUUUUCUUUUCUUCUUUUUUUUAACUUUUAUGCUCUCUCUCUCUUUUCCUUUGCCUCUUCCUCUAUCUCUUCCCUUCGCCUUUCUCUUUUUUUCUACUUUUAUCAUCCUUUGUCUCUUUAUUUCUCUAUUUUCUCACCUCCAUUCUUUUCUCUCUAUAUCACACUCGUCUUUCUCUCUUUUUAUAUUUUCUCCUCUUCUCUCUCUUCUUCGUCUUCUCCCUCACUUUUGAUCUUUCUUCUUUUUCCUCUCUUCCUCCUCCUCUCCCUCCCUUCCUUCUUUCUCCCUCUUCUUCUUCUCUCUUCCCCGCUUUAA